AUGUCCAAAGCGAUCACUCGGCUACAUAAUAGCAGAGUGCUAUUAUUGUUGAAGCGCAGUUAUGCUGAAAAACCUAAAGAAAAAGGGAAACCACCAUCACCUGCAAAGCAAGUGGACCCUAGAAGGGUGUUCAAAAUAUACAGGUAUGGUGGAAACCUGACGAAAGAAAAGCCGAAGCUCCAAAGUUACGACUUAGAUGUAAGCACAUGCGGAAAAAUGGUGCUCGACGCCCUCAUCAAGAUAAAAGAUAUGGACCCAUCGGUCACCUUCAGAAGAUCAUGCAGAGAAGGCAUUUGCGGUUCCUGUGCUGUCAAUUUACAAGGAUACAAUUGUCUCGCUUGCAUAACCGCUAUACCUCCAGAUAAGACCAUCACGAUAUAUCCAAUACCUCACAUGUAUGUAAUCAGAGAUUUAGUGGUCGAUAUGACGCAUUUCUUCAACGGAUACAACAGCAUACGACCUUAUUUGAUCACGAAAGAUGACUCACUCGGAAGGUUUCAGUAUUCGCAGAGUAUAAAGGACAAUGAUAAGAUGGUGGGAUUGUAUGAGUGUGUUUUAUGCGCAUGCUGCUCCACAUCUUGUCCUAGCUACUGGUGGAAUGGGAGAAGAUUCUUGGGACCUGCUUCCUUAUUGCAUGCUUAUAGAUGGGUUAUAGACUCCAGAGACGACGACACGUAUAGGAGGUUGUACGAUUUGCGAGACGACUUCAAAGUAUUCCGGUGUCACACCAUUAUGAAUUGCAACCUUGCCUGUCCUAAAGGUCUGAGACCAGCCGUUGCCAUAGCGAAAUUGAAAAGGCUGGUUGCUCAUUUGGAUAAAAAACCGCGACCCGAAUUCGAUCCUUUGAAAUUCUCUUCGGGCAGUGCUUGUUUGAAAAAAUAA